CCUCUGACGACGACUUCUCUCCACCAAACCCCCAUCCAUACUUGUCCAACCAAAUCCAACAUAUCCCAUCAUUUUUUUUCAUCUGUUUCCCACACCACCAAUAUUCAAUCUUUUAUAAACCCAUUUCUACUUCACCAAAGCAGCCAUGGAUUUCUCUAAGCUAGGCAAAAACAUUUCCGAUUUCGGCGCGCAAAUCACGCCCUUUGCGUCGCGCACCUUCCAGUACACCAAGGAGCAAUUCGGCCAGGUCGAGGACAAGACCCAGCUCCCCGCCGACUACAUCGAUCUCGAGAAGAAGGUGGAUGCUCUGAAGCAGGCUCACCAAAAGAUGCUCAAUGUAACUUCUCAAUAUUCGAACGAAGCUUACGACUACCCUCCCAACGUGAAGGAGACCUUCCAAGACCUUGGCCGAACUGUCAGCGAGAAGGUAUCUCUCCUGUCUUCAGCUACAUCGACCGCCGAAGCACAGGCUGCUCUUGUAGCUCCUCCUUCCGCUAAGCCCCAGCCGAAAACCUUCAGCCAUGCCAUCGCCAGAGCCAGCUUGGCCAGUAGCCAAGUCCUCCACCAGAAUCACACAGGCGCCGGUGAAGACCCCCUUGCUACAGCUCUUGAGAAGUAUGCCCUGUCUAUGGAGCGUGUUGGUGAAGCUCGCAUUGCCCAGGACUCUCAGAUUCAAAGCCGAUUCCUUGCCGGCUGGAACACAACUCUAAACACAAACAUCAUGUUCGCCAGCCGCGCCAGAAAGAAUGUUGAAAAGUCUAGGCUCUCCCUUGAUGCCGUGAAGGCCCAUGUCAAAGGCACCACAUUUAAGAUGCCCAACGCGGGCGCUGGCAGUGCAGAUGACCACGAACUGAGUGCUGAAGCUCAAGAGGAGAUCGAGAAGGCUGAAGACGAAUUUGUCACGCAAACCGAGGAGGCAGUUGGCGUAAUGAAGAAUGUAAGUCCAUCAGUCUCAUUAAUAUUUGCUCGGUCACUAACAACAUAGGUCUUGGACACCCCUGAACCUCUGCGUAACCUAGCAGAACUCGUCGCUGCCCAGAUUGAGUAUCACAAGAAGGCCUACGAAAUUCUGAGCGAACUUGCACCUGUUGUUGAAGGUCUACAAACAGAGCAAGAGGCAACCUACCGCAAGAGCCGCGAGGAAACUUCGUAAAGGUCCAAAACAAUUGAAAUUACAAUCAAACCAACAGACAGAGGGACAUACAUAUUGAUGUUGUGCGGUACAUUGAGAGUUGCCGUAGUCGCGAUUCAAGGAUGGAGCCUCCGCCUUACCUAGCUAGUGAAAAACGGCCUGACUUCUACAUUACAAAUGUACAGACUAACUUGUGCAAAAAAAGAGAUAAAGUUUAUUAAUUUUUAUUUUAUUAAAGAAACAUUCAAUAGUUGACAUUCGUACAUGGUUGUUAGUCUCCCGACUUCGAGGGUCCACCUAG